CUGUCAGUUUUGCUAUAACUAGCAAUUAGAAAAGUGAAAAUGGCUCGGUCGCUCAUUAAGACGUUCAUUAUUUUUGUAAGUGUUUUACAUUUCACGUCAUGUCAGCAAAUGGAUUGUACAUAUUCUGUGGGAACGUCCAACAAAUACCAAUGCAGUUUAAACGUUAACAACCCUAACGGUCUCGAUGGUUCCGUAUCGAUAGCCGGUCAUCAUUUGGGUUCAUAUGCUGAUGGUAGUGUUGGAAUCGUGAAGAUUAUUAGUGGCAUAACGAAAAAUAUUCCAUCACAGAUCUGUAAACAAUUUCCGAAUAUUGAGCUCAUCCACUUUACGAUUGCGAACAUUGAAAUCGUUUCCACAAUAAAAUGCAGUUUAGCCACAGAACUCGACUUGUCGCGCAACUCAAUCACAGGCGUAUCGAUGGACAUAUGCCAAUAUCAGCCACUAUUAACUAAAAUUGAUCUGAGCUACAACCAAAUUAAGAGCAUUUCCAGUACAGCACUAAAAAGCUGUAAGAAUCUUGUUACAUUCUACAUCCAGUACAAUAAAAUCACUGAAAUGGCUUCAACACUGUUCACCUAUGCUCCAAAACUCAGAACAUUAAAUAUCAAUGGCAAUCCAAUAACAUCGAUUCCUGAAGGACUUUUCGGAAGCGAACUAACAACGCUAGACAUGGCUGCACUACAAAUUACUGAUCUUCCACUCAAUGUGUUCCCGGCGACGAACAAACUCACUGCCUUGGGACUAGGUAGCAAUGACUUUACCCAAUACAGAACUCAGUGGUUCCAAAAUUUAAAAUCGUUGAGUCAACUGUGGCUAAAUUGGAUUCAUGCGCCGAUUCCCGCAAAUUUAUUCAAAUCGUUACCGUCGUUAUCAUAUCUGAUGAUGAUUAAUUGCAACAUUACGACGGUGAAUCGGGAAUGGUUUAGCACACUUUCACGACUGUACUUGGUGACCAUGGAACGCAAUAAUAUCGCCGAUAUUCCCGAUGGCACAUUCAUAUCGAGUGAAUUGAGUUUUGUUGAUGUUUCCCACAACAAGUUGAAGACCGUCAGAUCGAAAUGGUUUUCGAACGCAGCUAUGACGUCGUUGAGGGAUUUAGAUGUGGAGAGUAAUGAAAUCAAUUCAAUGGAUUCGUUGUUCUUUGAUACAGCUAAGAAUCUGAAUGCAUUUUCUGCCACGAAAAAUAAAUGUUACAACGGGUCGAAUAUAAUCGAUUUCCGCGAUAACAGGUCAUCAUAUAUGGCAGGGUUCAAAACGUGCAUCAAUAACUUCUAAAUGUUUUUAGUUGCAGAAGAGUUGCACAUUCAAAAUCUGGAAUUAACA